CCCAGGCCCCGAGUCCCGCCCUGCGCGCAGGCGCAGCGGCGCUGCUUGGGUCCGCCCUUUUCGGAGAUUUGAAUUUUCCCCAGCGAGGCGAGUGAGGCGAAAUACCCGUAUGGUGAUCGCUGGCCUUUUCGCGCCAAUACUGAAAAAGGCAGAACGUUCCUCCGCUGGCGCCAGCCAAUCAGCAGGACUCCUGCCUUCCUUCGGGGCAAGGUCGCAGCAUCUGCCUCGGAAAUCACGGGGCUGCUUCCUGCUGGCUCAGCUUGGAGGCCCAGCGUGUUCUGCAGAGUCUGCGUAGUGAAGGCCGUUCUCUGAAGCUCCUGCCCCAGGUCAGGCCACCAGUUCCACAUGAAUCCGGAGUGGGGGCAGGCCUUCAUGCACGUGGCCGUGGCCGGCGGCCUCUGUGCUGUGGCCGUGUUCACAGGCAUUUUUGACAGCGUCUCCGUGCAAGUGGGCUAUGAGGACUACGCCGAGGCGCCGGUGGCUGGUCUCCCUGCCUUCCUGGCCAUGCCGUUCAACUCACUGGUGAAUGUGGCCUACACGCUACUAGGGCUAUUCUGGCUGCACAGGGGCGGCGCGGUGGGGCCGGGUCCCCGCUACCUGAAGGAUGUGUUCGCAGCCAUGGCCCUGCUCUACGGCCCCGUGCAGUGGCUGCGCCUGUGGACGCAGUGGCGCCGCACCGCCGUGCUGGACCAGUGGCUCACCCUGCCCAUCUUUGCGUGGCCUGUCGCAUGGUGCCUCUACCUAGACCACGGCUGGCGGCCCUGGCUGUUCCUCUCCCUUGAGUGCAUCUCCCUGGCCAGUUACGGCCUCGCUCUGCUGCAUCCCCGGGGCUUCGAGGUCGCACUGGGUGCUCACGUGGUGGCCGCUGUGGGGCAGGCGCUGCGCACCCACAGGCGCUAUGGCAGCACCACCUCGGCCACCUACUUAGCUUUGGGGGUGCUCUCUUGCCUGGGCUUUGUGGUCCUCAAGCUGUGUGACCAUCAGCUCGCACGGUGGCAUCUCUUCCAGCGCCUCACAGGCCACUUCUGGUCCAAGGUCUGUGACGUGCUCCAGUUCCACUUUGCGUUUUUGUUUCUGACGCAUUUCAAUACUCACCCAAGAUUCUGUCCCUCUGGCGGGAAGACGCAUUGAACUGUGGGAAGAACCUGCUGAAAACCGACGACCCCCAGCAUUGAAACAGACUCUGAGAUGGUGCCAGUGUUGGGCAUCCUACGUGUGAUGAUACGCACUGAUCACACAGCACUGCCCUUUCCUGAGAAGCUACGGGCUUUGGUGUGGAGGGAUGGAGUGCUGUGAUCUCGACAACUUACUUUCAAAGACAUAAAGCAAAGAUCUUGGCACAAGGGGUGUGGGUGUUCCUGAUGUAAUUCUCAUAACUUUCCUGUAGUUUGAAAUGUUUCCAAAUAAAUAUUGGCAAGGGGAGUGGAAACGACACCAAGAAGCCCCUUGUGCUCAUGGUUGGACAGAGAG